AUGGACAUCACCAAGUUUAUCACCGCCUACCGCGAGUCGGCCUUUCUCAUCGGCGACUACAACACCUACCGCGACCAAUUGGCCCGACGCCUCCGCAUCGUGAACAAGAAGCUUGGACGGGCGACCCCCAAGAAUGCCAAAUAUGCUGCAAAGGCCCCGGUGACCACUGAGGAGAUCCAGAAGAACAGCGAGGCUCUUCAUCUUCUCCUGCUAAACUCCGAGCGCGCAUGGGCACAAGCAAUGGCCAUGAAGGCCUCGCACUCGGAAGACAAUGCCGACAAGAACAUCACCGGCUCUACCCGCAAGCACAUCAUCUCGCGCCUGCACAAGGCCGUCGUAUACGCGAAUCAGGUCGUCCAACUCGUCUCGGACACCAGCGCAAGCGGAGCGUUGGACACGGAUGUGCUAGAAGCGAGGGCGUAUGCAUAUGUCAUGGCUGGAGCGCAAGAGUUUGAAAAGCAAGCCGAGGGAACCAAAAGCAAGAACGCAUCGCCGGAGCGUUGGGUCCUGUGUCUUCAAAACUACUCCGCAGCGCGGGUCAUUUACAGCGCCCUAUUCAAGGCUACGAAGAAGGAUUUGUUCAAGGAAGUAUUGGCAGGAACGACGGAUCCAAGCAUUCGCUAUGCUGCCUACCAGAGUCGCAUCCCGCGUACUGUGGGUGUCCCCUCUGUUGCGAUCAAGUACUUUCCCAAGGACGAUGCAAAUCUGGUAGAGGUCGUGCAGAAGUUAGACUCUGCAGCUUUGGAGGAGGAGAAAGCAGCUGCGUCUCACUCGCAGAUAACUUGGCGCGGUCGAGCAGCCAAUGUUGUCGAUGCUGCAAUCGGGCAGGCAUUGGCAUCUGUCGAUACAGCCUCUUCUGUCCUGGACGAAACUGCUACUUCAUCCGCAUCACCCAAAGACCGAGCCAACGCAUACGACGACAUUCUUAUCGCGAGCCAAGACGCCGUUGACGCAACGCGGAGAGCAAUUGAAGAGCUUGAAAAGGAAGGCGUGGAUGAGGGUGAUGCACGCAUGCAAGAUCUCCGGGUAACCAAUCUCGCCGUCAACUAUGACCUUAUAUCCUGGAGAGUGGGGCGUAACAGGGUGUUGAUCGGCAAAGACGAUGGCCUUACUUUCCCAGCUAAUCCUCCUCAAAAGCCCCGGCGGCAACGUAAAGAUGGGAAAGAGUGGGCAGAGCGCGAAGAGCCCACUGGCCGCAAACUGGCACGGUUGCGCGAACGGACUGCUUUGUACGAUGCCAUCCUGCAGAGUAUUGAUUCAGUCAAGGACCUCCGGGGUGCUGCCCGCGACACUGAUUUUAUUGCUGAGCUUGACGGACAGCGUGCAUACUUCCAGGCAUUGAAGUGUCUCAACUUGUCUCAUUCGUACGCCUUCCUGUCGACGCCCAAACAAGCAUUGGCGCUCUGCAGCCGAGCCCUGGGCCUCGCAAGCCAAGCGGCAUCUGCCCCGCGCUCUGAAUCGCCUUCGACGACCAAAGCACCGAGAUUGCAAGUGACGGAGGAGCAAGCUCAAACUCUCAAGAAGGCCCUGGAAAACCUUAACUCGCACUACCGCGGGGUAGUAGCGCUGUCACAGUUGUCUGCCAAUUCUGAGACGGCCACGAAGCCUGGACUAGCGAAUGCGGCACCUGUGGUGGAGAGGCUCAACGAGUACCCCUCCUCGGGGUUGGUGGACCUGAAGAAUCUGGUUACAUGGCCUCCCAAGCUGAAGCCUGUGCCAGUCAAGCCGCUGUUCCUAGACGUGGCGUGGAACUACAUCGAGUACCCCGGACGCGUACCAGCGGUGCAGCAGGCAGAGGCACAAAAAGCACCGGUGGAAGAGAAGAAGGAGGAGAAGGCGCCAGCCAAGAAGGGGUGGUUCUCGUUUGGUAGAUAG